AUGCGUCUCUCCUCUUUCGUUAUGUGGGCCUUGGCCUCUACUGCCUCAGCCAUCGCCAUCGGAGAGCCCAGCCCUGUUGUUGUGGACCGGGAGGUUUCCUCUCCAGGUGCUUCGGAAUUGUACAACGAGCUCAAGAACCUGGCCGUUCGCGACAUUGAGGACACAUUCAAGCGUGAAGCGUCCACUGACUUGGCCCUCAUUCCGAACCACCCCUCCGCUUUGGCAGCCCGUCAAGGCAGCUGGUUCAACUUUGGUGUCUUCAACUGCAGAAGAGCCAAUCCCAUCUCUGUCACCGCAUAUGUCGUGGCUGCCAAGGUCGCCUGGGACCAAGCCACAGGCCUGUGCAAGGUCUGGCUCUCGAACAAAGAUUUCAAGUACGACAUCACUGUCCGCCUCUCCAACAACAACGAUCCCAACACCCGCCAAGAAGUCACCGUCCGUGCCGCGACUUGCAACUCAGAGUACUCUGUCUCUUUCUUGAGGGAUGGAAGUGGAUUCAAGCUUGAGGUUGGAGGACAGUCCAAACCGGCACCUUCCCCUCCCGGAACCCGUCGUUCCCUUCCUGCCAAUACCUCUGAGAACCCCUUCCACAAGAGAAGACUCAUGAUCGGGGCUUGA